GCCUCAAAAAUCCCAAAAAGCUUCCUUCUUUUUUAGUCAUCAUCUUCUUCUUUUCUUCUUCAUCGGUUGCUAAAUCGGAGAUGGCGACUUCUCUGGUUUCUCCUCUUACUUCACAGCUCAACCAUGAAGCUGUCUGUUCCAAGUUCGUGCUUCCCAAAUCAUCGUUCAUGUCGGGAUCUAAGCUCUUUUCAUCGAACAUGCCUUGCUCUACUGUUCCUAGACGCACAAGAAGAUCACACUGCUCUGCUUCUGCUAAAGAUAUGAGCUUUGACCAUAUCCCUAAACAAUUUCGAGGAGACAAUCUCAAAGAUGGAGUGAUGCAGAACUUCAAGACUGUACCGCAAUAUUUUUACGGGCUUAAUCCAGCUCAAAUGGAUAUGUUCAUGACAGAGGAUAGCCCUGUCCGUAGGCAAGCGGAAAAAGUUACAGAGGAAAGCAUCUCGUCUAGAAGAAAUUAUUUGGACAAUGGAGGAAUAUGGAGUAUGUCCGGUAUGAAUGCAGCAGAUGCUAGAAGAUAUAGCAUGAGUGUCCAGAUGUACAGAGGUGGAGGUGGCGGAGGAGGAUCUGAAAGACCAAGAACUGCUCCUCCAGAUUUGCCUUCUUUGCUAUUGGAUGCUCGGAUAUGCUACCUUGGAAUGCCAAUCGUACCUGCAGUUACUGAGUUACUCGUUGCUCAAUUUAUGUGGCUAGAUUAUGAUAACCCAACAAAGCCCAUCUACCUAUAUAUAAAUUCACCCGGGACCCAGAAUGAGAAGAUGGAAACUGUUGGAUCAGAAACAGAGGCUUAUGCCAUAGCUGAUACCAUCUCUUAUUGCAAAUCAGAUGUAUACACUAUCAAUUGUGGCAUGGCGUUUGGUCAAGCAGCAAUGCUUCUUUCUCUCGGGAAAAAAGGUUAUCGUGCCGUACAACCACAUUCAUCAACAAAAUUAUAUCUGCCAAAAGUAAACAGAUCGAGUGGAGCUGCCAUAGACAUGUGGAUAAAGGCCAAGGAACUUGAUGCAAAUACCGAGUACUACAUCGAGCUGUUAGCUAAGGGAACAGGGAAAUCCAAAGAGCAGAUCAACGAGGACAUCAAGCGACCUAAAUAUCUCCAAGCACAAGCAGCCAUUGACUAUGGAAUUGCAGACAAGAUAGCUGACUCGCAGGAUAGUUCCUUUGAGAAACGGGAUUACGAUGGGACUCUUGCCCAGAGAGCCAUGAGACCUGGAGGAGGCAGCCCAACAGCUCCAGCUGGACUAAGAUGAUCAAUUCCCAUUAAAAAAAAGAGGUUGAA